AUGUUGUUCUCGGCUCCUUUACCGAGAGAUUUUUGUUUAUUUUGGCGUCGCAAAUGUGGCUGGACUUCACACCACACUCUUUUUAGUCCAUUGUCACCGUUCAUCAUCUUUAUCUAUCUAUCUAUCUAUUCUAAUCUAUCAUCUAUCUAUCUCAGUCUAUUCAUAGCGGUAUCUAAACAUCUAUCUUCUAUCUAUCUAUCUAUCUACCUCAGUCUAUUCAUAUUUUUAUUCCUCAGUCUAUUCAUAUCUAUCUAUCUAUCUAUCUAUCUAUCUUAUCUAUUCAUCUAUCAGUCUAUUAUCUUAGUCUAUUCAGAUCUAUCUAUCUAUCUAUCUAUCUAUCUAUCUAUCUAUCUAUCUAUCUAUCUUAUCUAUUCAUUCUAUCUAUCUAUCUCUAUUCAGAUCUAUCUAUCUAUCUAUCUAUCUAUCUAUCUAUCUAUCUAUUUAGAUUCAUAUCUAUCUAUCUAUCUUAUCUAUUCAGAUCUAUCUAUCUAUCAGUCUAUUAUCAUAUCUAUCUAUCUAUUUAUCUCUAUUCUAUCCAAUCUAUCAAAUUUAUCUAUCUAUCUAUCUAUCUGUCUGUCUGUUCAUAUCUAUCUAUCUAUCUAUCUGUCUGUCUGUCUGUUCAUAACUAUCUAUCUAUCUAUCUAUCUAUCUAUCUAUCUAUCUAUCUAUCUAUCACAGUCUGCUCAUAUCUAUCUAUCUAUCUAUCACAGUCUGCUCAUAUCUAUCUAUCUAUCUAUCUAUCUAUCUAUCUCAGUCUGUUCAUCUCUAUCUCAGUUCAUCUCUCUCUCUCUCUCUCUCUUUCUCUCUCUCUAUCUAUCUAUCUAUCUAUCUAUCUAA